AUGGCGUCUCUUCUUGUUCAACACUCCGCCGUCGCAGCCUCCGCGACUCUCGCUUCCGCAUCUCGGAGAGCAGAUGGCGCCUCGUCAGCGCCUUUCGCGCCGCUCCCUGGUCGCAAGUCGGUGACGUCAGCCACAUUCACGGGGGGAAGGUCACAGCUCUCUUCGUCUGCUCUUCGACUAGAAUCUUCCACGUCAGCAGCAGCUGCUUCCACGCGGAAUAUCUCUGUGGCCGCGUCAUCUUCAUCGUCUUCCAGCUCAGAGGAGGUGUUUUUCGACAGUGGUCCGCAUGCAGGCGACCUGGCCCUGAACCUAGUGCUGGGGCUCACGGGCGUGUGGCUGCCGCUCACCCUCGCGUCCGCCUUCCGCGUCCUCACGCUGCGCUACCGCUUCACCAACCGCCGCUUCACUGUGCUCUCCGAGCUCGAUGAGAAGGAGAGGCUUGAGUACCCAUACUCGUUCCAGUUAGAGGGGAGUGGGGGGUUGGGUCAAUCGACCGGACUGGCCAUCAUUGACCUCAAGAACGUGUCUGACCCUCCCAGCGAGUCCUCUCAGCUAAUACCCUUCCCCCUUCCCCCCCUUUCUCCCUCCCCAACCUGCACCUUAAAUCCGAGUGCCGCGCUAGUGGGGAGCGCGUCAAUCAUUCUCAAAGACAAGACCUUGAUUGACCUCAUGCGAGUCGUGGGCUCUAAUCACGUCCCCACUCCCUCUUUCCCCACCCUGCAGUUGGUGUCAGAGGUGCGGUCAGCGCCGCGCUUCAUAGGCGAGUGGGGGGAUGUGUCAAUCAUUCUCAAGGACAAGACAGUCAUUGACCUCAAGAGUGUGCCCAAGUUCAGAGAAGUGGCCAAGUACUGUGAGGAGCAGGCCAAGGCUGCUGCUGCCCGCGAACCCAAGAGUGCGGCAAGGAGCGGCAGCAAGGGGUUCGACACCUCUGCCUAG